AAAAGGUGCAAAAGGAUGGAAAGUUACAAUCGAGGACUUAUGAUCGCAACACUUGAUCAAGAACAAGAAAGGAAAGCUAACUUCGGAGCCGAAGUUGAUAUACCCUUGCAGAAUAUGCUCAAUCUACUGGCCAUGAAAAUAGGGUCAUGAAACUAUUCCUCCAUUGAGCACUGGAUAAGUGAAAAGCUCAACAAAAAGGCAAAACUGAUUGACAUUGAGGAGGAAGUAAAAAAACCGAUAACAAUGGAACCAGUACCUGUUUCUGCCCCAGUGGCUUCGCCUGUGCCACCGGCUGUGGCUCCAACAGCAGUACCUGCUCCGGUGCCUGUUGCUAGCCCCGCAGCAGUGGCUCCUACACCUGCAGCUCCGAUUGUGGCAGCACCUAUUGCCGCUGCGCCUCCCAUUGCGAGUGUGCAACCAGCCCCAGUUACUGUUCCCAUCGCCGCAGCUCCAGCUCCAGCUCCGAUUGCUACUGUUCCAGUCGUUGUUCCGGCAACUCCGGCUCCUGUCAUUGCAGCAGCUCCGGCACCCGUUGUUGCAGCCCCCAUCGUGGCCACUCCCGCUGUUGCAACAUCACCACCCGUAUCCGAAGCCCCAGUUGUUGCCGCCACUACAGCUGCUGUUGCUCCUGUGAUUGCUACACCACCUGCUCCUGUUGCUGAGACUGCCGUUGCUGUAGCGCCGCCCGUUGUUGCUCCUGUGAUCGCAUCGCCUGAGAUUCCGGUCGCAGUGGCCCCUGCAAUAUCAACGCCAGCAGUUGCUGCUGCUGAGAUUCAGCCCGUCGUAGCUUCACCUGUGGUGCCUCCCGUUGCUCCAAUCCCUACACCAGUAACAGAAACUCCAAGCGUUGUCAGUACUCCGGUUGCUGUUGCUCCUGUGAUCGCUACACCUACACCUCCUGUUGGACCUGUUGCACCAGUUGCUCCUGUUGUAACCCCAACAGCUGCUGUUUCUGAGAUUCCCGCUGCCGUUGCACCACCUGCGGAAUCUUCCGUACUUGCAACACAAGCCCCUGUUGCGGAGAUCUUAGUCGCUGCUCCUGUAGUCUCACCGCCAAUCGCUGUUGUCGCCGAGACCCCUGUUGCUGCAAUAGUAGAAGCGGCAGUUCCACCACCUGCGGCAUCUCUUGUAGCUGCAGCAUCCCCACCAGUUUCAGUCGUUGCUGAAACUCCGGAAGUUGUUGCUCCUGUGAUCGCUACGGCAUCCGCUGCUGUUGCUGAGACUCCAGUUGUCACUGCACCGCCGGUAGAGUCGCCUGUUGCUGCAAUACCAACACCAGUAUCAGAGGAAAUUGUUGCUCCAGCCGUCGCUCCAGUCGUUGCUCCAGUCGUUGCUCCAGUUGUUGCUCCAACUAUUGCUCCAGUUGUUGACCCAGUUGUUACCGAAAUUUCUGUUGCAGUGGCAGAACCACAACUUGCUGCAACACAACCACCUGCAGUUGCGGAGACACAGACACCAGUAGUUGCUUCUGUGGUUGCUGCUGUUGCAGAGACUCCAGUUGCAGAAGCUGCCACAGUCUUAACACCACCACCUCCUCCUACUGUUCCCGUUAACGUUGCACCACCGGCGGCUGUGGCUGUGGAACCUACCGAUGCUGCCAUAUCCUCUCCCUCGAUUCCAACAGAGGCCGCAGUUGAGAUUCCUCCGCAACCUGCCCCACCUGUCGAACCUGCAACAGAGGGAGCUGUUGCCGCGUCUACACCGCCAGUGGCAUUUGCCGAUACUUCAGUGGCAGUUGCAGACCUGUUACCUCCUGCGGCACCUGCUGCAACAAUUCCUGAACCAGGGGAAGCAACAGCUGCUCCAAUCGUCUCCUUGCCCCCUGUGGUAAUUCCUGUAGAACAACCUGCGGUCGUCCCAGACACUUCAUCAACAGCUCCUCCGGAAUUGGCCGUUGUUCCAGAUAUAGUUCCAGAGCCAAUACCCCAACCGCAAACCAUCGAAGCCACUCCUGUGGAGGCUUUACCUAUUGAGACUCCGGUUACGAUACAGGAACCAGCUGCAGAAGUUUCAGCACCCGUUCAAGAAAUAUUGGCUGAAAUUUCAGCUCCGACCCCGGAGAAAAUUCCGGAUCCGGUCGCAGUCGAAGCUCCAACAACUAUCCAGGAGCCAGAAAUUGCCACGAUCAUUGAAGCUUCUCCGUCUCCUGCUGCCGAAGUCGUUACACCCGAUGUUGUUGCGGUAGUGGAGCUAAUCAAUCCUGAACCUGUUGUAGCGGCAGUUGAGCCGAUCACUGAACCACCGGUUAAUGUUGUCGAACCCGUAGAGUCGAUUCCUGUUUCAGCUGCUGAACCGGAAAUCACAGAAGUCAGUGAGACAGCAGUUCCUGUAGCGCAGGAGAUUCCUGUAGCUGAGAUUCCGGAAACGACAACGAAACCGGACGAAGAAGUUAUCGAGACUCCAAUUACAACUGCCCCGGAAUCUAUGGUCACAGUUUCGGAAGAAGUAUUGAUAGCUCCUGGAGAAGAUGCUGCGGUCGUUGAGGCGACUCCUGAGACAUCUGCCUCUGCUGUGGAACCCCUUGAAACACCAGCUGCUGUCGAACCAGUAGUCUCAGAAACGCCAGCUGCCACUCUGGUGGCCGAUGAACCAAUUGCAGCCGAAGAACCAGUAGAAUCAGUUUCUGCCACUGAAAUACAACCCACAAUUGAAGAAAAACCGGCAGGAGAGGUACUGCCCGACGAAAUCCCCGAUAGGUCAUCUCCGGAUCCCAGUUCCGUUCCCGUGGCAAAGAUAACGCCAUUGCUUAGGGAUCUUCAGACCACCGACGUUUCGCUGUUGGCCAUUGCUGCCACCUUGGAUGCCAUCGGAGAGAAGUUGAAGGAUCAAAAGGCCAGGAACCAGCAGGUAAUGGACAGACUAUGCGAAAUCGAGAAAAUACUGGGCCCUCCUAAAUCCAAUUAGCUUAGGCUAAAAGCCAUAUUCAUAAAUAUGUACUUAAAACAUAAGGCAAUAAUAUAAAACUCAUAAUCAGAAGAUACUAAUAAAAAGUUCAUUAACUAAUUUUAAAAUUUGAA